AUGAGGCAGCCGGAGGAGCGGGACCCGCCUGCCCGCGCCCUCCAGCCGCACCAGCCGCGCGGCGCGGCCCCGCCGCGCUUCCCGCACCUCUGCGCCCUGUGCGACAAGAAGGUCUUCGAUCUGAAGGACUGGGAUCAGCACAUUAAGGGAAGUCUUCACAUCCAAAAAUGUAUGGCUUUUUCAGAUAACACUGGUAUCCGGUGUGUGUUAAGCUCAGCAGAUGGAACAUUGCAUUUAUCACCAAAUAAUGCAGCAGUUUUCAAUACAACUAAUAUUGAAGAUUAUCCACCAAAUGUUGGCUCAUCUUUUAUCUCAUCAUCAGCAAGAUCCUUUGGCCAGACGGGUCCUACAUUUUCUUCUCCUUCAUCAGGGUUUCCCCAGAGGAAAUCUACACUGGGUCGAGUUGUACACAUCUGCAACCUCCCCGAGGGAAGCUGCACAGAGAAUGAUGUCAUUAACCUGGGUCUCCCAUUUGGGAAGGUCACCAACUAUAUCCUCAUGAAAUCCACUAAUCAGGCCUUUCUGGAAAUGGCUUACAGUGAAGCAGCGCAAGCCAUGGUGCAGUACUACAAAGAAAAACCUGCUAUGAUAAAUGAUGACAAGUUACUUAUUAGGAUGUCUAAAAGAUACAAGGAAUUACAGCUGAAGAAACCAGGUAAGAACGUGGCUGCUAUCAUCCAGGAUAUCCACUCGCAGAGGGAGAGGGACCUGCUACGUGAAGUGGACAGGUACGGCACGGAGAGGCCCCGCUCUCGCAGCCCCAUAAGCCGCUCCCUGUCGCCCCGAUCUCACACUCCCAGCUUCACUUCCUGCAGUUCACCCCACAGCCCGAUGGGGACGGGCAGGACUGACUGGGGAAAUGGGAGAGAGUCAUGGGAUCAGUCCCCAUAUUCUCGACGGGAAGAGGAAAGAGACAGCAGGGAAUGGCGAGAGAAUGGGGAUGAGAAGAGGGACAGGACUGACAUGUGGGUACACGAGAGGAAACAUUAUUCCCGACAGCUGGACAAGUUCGAUUUGGAUGAACGGAUUGAAGGAGGCAGAGGGCACAGAGAAAAAUAUUUAAGGAGUGGUUCCCCUGGCUCUCUUCACCCUUUAUCAGGCUACAAAAGCAGGGAAGAUGACUAUUACCGGAAAACCUCAAAGUCAAAAUCUGACAAGUUUCAGAGGCAGCUGCAGGAUUUACCUGGGAGAUCUAAGAGAAAGGAGGAGGCAAAGUUAAGGGAACGCAGGCAUUCUUACAGUGAGGAUGCUGCCAGGGAGGAGGCAGCUGAACAGAAGCACAGCAAAGGGUCUGAGAGCUCCAAGCAAAAACAAAGUGACAAGAAUAAGGUGAAGAAAGCUGAAAAAGACCAUGAGAAAGAUGCCACUGCUGAAGGCAGUGAUGUGAAGGAAACAAAACUUCCCACGAAUGAGUUUGGAAAAGAGGAGCAAGUUCCAGAGACGAGCUCACCUUCAGCUAAUAAACAAGGAAAAGAAUCCGGAGACAUUCUGGAAAACACAAGAAAAGAGAAGGACCGAGACUGGGAGAGUGGAAGUGAGAUAGAAGGUGAGACCUGGUAUCCUGCUAACAUGGAGGAAUUAGUGACAGUAGAUGAAGUAGGAGAAGAUGAUUUAAUCAUGGAGCCAGAUAUAACUGAACUUGAAGAAAUAGUACCAGUUGAUCAAAAAAAUAAAACAGGUUCAGAAAUGUGUCCCUGCGUGUCAACCAUGUUAGAACUGGAAAACGAUCAGAGACACUUAACGAGGAGUGAAGACAAAUUUGCUCAUAAAGCUUUAGAAACAAACUUGAGAUCAGCAAAGAGCAGUGUAGCUUCUAGUGGCUGUCAGGAUGAUGAGGAGGAUGUUGAUAAUGAUGACGCUGUAACUGAAGCAUCAAGCCUAAAUCUGGACCCUGAGCAGAAGUCAGAUGAAUUGCAAGAAGACCAAUCUGCAAAGGAGUCUGACCCCCAGCAGAAAGAACAAAAAAUGCGUAAGAGCUCUGACAGUCACUUGGAGCCUGAAGAUCACCAUCUACCUUCUGUUCAUCUGAAAGAAGAGACUCUUCAGCUCACUGAUGCAUUUAUAGAUGAUUACAAACAGAUGGGAUCACAAGGAGUUGAGAGCAAAGAAGUUACGGAAAUGCUUAUUAAAAACGCUGGUGAAGAAACAAGACAUGGAAGCCAAGAGUGUCCGGAGGCCAAGGCAAAUUCUAGGUACCUGGAAAUGAGAUCUCUGGAAUACCCGGAGGUGGAGUCCAAGAGAAGGCACUCUCCACCAGGCUGGGAACAAGAGGAUGUCUUCACCGAGCUCAGCAUUCCCCUGGGUGUCGAAUUUGUGGUGCCUAGAACUGGGUUUUACUGCAAGCUCUGUGGACUCUUCUACACAAAUGAAGAAACAGCAAAGACAAGUCACUGCAGAAGCACUGUUCAUUACAAAAAUCUUCAGAAGUAUCUAUCCCAGCUUGCCGAGGAGAGCCUGAAAAUGAAGGAAGAAGGCAGCCACCUGCCUCAGGAUGAAACUGGCAUUGUUCCUCACUUUGCCAAGAAAAAACUAUGA